UCCCAUCACUAUCUAAUAAUAAUCCACACAAAAAGAGAGUUUUGAUGAAAUAACCGGAAAAUAUUCGUUUUUACAAUGUUUCUUCAAAUAAAAUUAUAAAAUAUUAAUAAUAGUUUCGCAAACGCAUCAUACAAAUGUGAAUGAUUCGCCCAGAAGACAGAAGCUAAAUUUCUAUUUGAAUGCGGUAUACAUAAAAUGUGGAAUAUGAUGUGUGACGUGAUGCCAACUAUAUCGGAGGAUAGCAUCUCCCAGCGAUCCUCACAGUUUAGCGGCGAAGAUGCCAACUUUGAGCAGUUGAUGGUGUCCAUGUUGGAUGAGCGGGACAAGUUAAUGGAUAGUUUGAGGGAGGCUCAAGAACGUUUGAGUGAAACUGAACAGAAGUUGCAUGACACCGAAAAGGAGAGGGACAGUCUUCAACGCCAAAUAAAUGCAAAUUUGCCACAGGAGUUUGCCACACUGACCAAAGAACUUACACAGGCCCGUGAAACUCUGCUGGAACGCGAUGAAGAAAUUGGCGAACUUAAGGCAGAACGCAAUAAUACAAGGCUUUUGCUGGAACAUUUGGAGUGUUUGGUUUCACGUCAUGAACGUUCUUUGCGUAUGACUGUUGUAAAACGUCAAGCUGCUGCUCAAAGUGGAGUCUCAAGUGAAGUAGAAGUUCUCAAGGCCCUUAAAAGUCUUUUUGAACAUCAUAAAGCUCUUGACGAGAAAGUGCGUGAACGUCUACGUGUGUCGUUGGAGCGUAACAAUGCUUUGGAAACCGAGCUAAACACCAUCAAAGAAGAGCUUCAACAGUAUAAAUCUGGAGCAAUACAAGCCAAUAACGAGAAUGGGGUGAAUGGAGAAAAGAAUUCCACUGCGGUCAAUGGUGAAAGCAACGAAUCUGCCAUCGCCGCUGCCAAUGAGUAUGCUGCCAAAACGCAUGAAUUGCAACAAAUCAUUGAAAAACAGACCUCUGAAUUGUCUGAAUGGCAGCGCCGUGUAUCCGCUCUAAAGAACAAAUGCGACGAACUUGACGACAGUCUGGCAAAGGUUCAAAAGGAUUACAUGAAAUCACAAGAACAAUGUUCGAAAUUGCAAAGAGAUUUAAGAGAAAACGUAGCACAAAAGGAAGAUCAGGAGGAACGCAUAGCUACCUUAGAGAAGAGGUAUCUAAAUGCACAACGUGAAUCAACAUCAUUGCAUGAUUUGAACGAAAAGUUGGAACAAGAAUUGCGGCACAAAGAGGCCCAAUUGAAGUUACACGAGGAAAAAAUUAGUGCCAUCGAAGAGAAGUUGGAACUGGCUGAACAAAAGUUGGCCCAACAAGCCAAACUGCAGCCAGACAUGGAGGAACAGCUUAAAGCACGUAUGGAAGCUUUAACAAAGGUAGGAAACAAGGCCCAAGAGAGACAUGGUUCUGCCGAAGAUCGUAUACAGCGUUUGGAGGCCAACUUGGAGGAGAAGAAUGCCGAAGUUGUGAGACUAAACCAAAGACUUAAAAUGAACGAAGAGCAUAAUCUACGUUUGUCUUCAACUGUGGACAAACUGUUGUCGGAGUCCAAUGAGCGCUUACAGGUUCAUCUCAAGGAGCGUAUGCAUUCCCUGGAUGAGAAGAAUGCCUUGACCCAAGAACUGGAGAAGGCGCGAAAGGUAGCCGAGGAAUUGCAUCAUGAAAAGAGCGACAUAAUGAAGGAAUUAUCAAAAACACGUUUGGAAAUUGAAAACUUCAAGCGGCAGUUGUUGCAACAGGAAAUUGCAUACAAUAUUCAGCAGACAGAGGCAUUAACACGUAGUCUUUCACCUAGUAGCGUGGUGGACGGAGGUCAAGCAUUUUCACGUAGUGCUUCCCAUGCUAGUUUUGAUACACAUUCACUGAGGCGUAACAAAUCAAGGCUACAGGAGGAGAGUGAGAAUUUUGCACGUUCCAUGGCCGAGCAGGAAUGGGAGAGCAUACAACAGGCCCAUGCCCAGCAGGCAGCCUACGAAAUAUCAGCUGCAGUAGCAGCUGCAGAGUGCGAAGAGGCUCAGGUGCUGUUUGGUGAUGCAGAUAUAAUGUCGCCCACUGGACAUACGGAUGCGCAAACGUUGGCAAUGAUGCUUCAGGAGCAACUAGAUGCCAUAAAUAAUGAAAUAAGAUUAAUACAAGAAGAAAAACAAUCAACUGAAGCCAGAGCUGAAGAACUCGAAUCGCGUGUGGGCAGCUUAGAACAUGUGAAUCUAUUGGCCCGUGGUCGAUCUAUGGAUCGAAGCCCACCAAUGAGUGGUCGCAGCACUCCAAAUAGUCCCAAUAGAGAUUUUAUGCAGAAAUACCAUACACUUAACCUACCCGUCUUAUCCAGUGAUGUAUCACGAGACGAUAUUCAUGGCAUGACAACCACCACUGGUGAUUCUAGUUCUGGCGGAGCCGCUUCUCCGCUAACAGCCCGUUCAAUGCGCUUAGAACGCGUUGCUCAAGCAUUGGCUCACAGUCAAGAGGAGCUGCGAAGACGCUCUAUGGGUCUGUCACCUAACCAACAAAUGGCAAAUAACUCAGGACACAUGACCAUACCCCAUUCGGGCUACGGUCUUUCGCCGUUAAGUUCGCGUUACGGCAGUCAGGAAUCAUUGAGCCGACAUUUCAAUACAAUGGGUUCAAUGUCUAUGCUUCCACCUGCAGCGUCUGGAGUACGAGUGGAUGGCUCAUCGUCGGUGCAAAAGAAAAAAGGCAUUAAAUCAAGUUUGGGCCGGUUCUUUAGUAAAAAGGAAAAAGUCAAGGGAGUUAAAGAUACUCUUCCCGAUGGCUCGCCUAGCAUGAUGUCCAUUGGAAAUUUAUCAAUGGGCCUAAGUGAAACGGAAUCCAAUUAUGAUGCCAUGAGCAUGACAGGUGGCAUGAUGCCUCGUAUAGCCAGUGUACCGGGAUCGAAGAUAUCCUCCGUGGAUUAUGGAAGACAAAAGAAGGAACAUGAUUAUCGUAACGAUUUACUGGGCGAGGCUAUGAAGGCGGGCACACCGUUUGCUCUUUGGAAUGGGCCCACUAUAGUUGCUUGGUUAGAAUUGUGGGUGGGUAUGCCCGCCUGGUAUGUGGCCGCAUGUAGAGCUAAUGUCAAAAGUGGAGCCAUUAUGAGUGCUCUUAGUGACACUGAAAUCCAAAGGGAAAUUGGUAUUAGCAAUCCUUUACACAGGCUUAAAUUACGUCUUGCAAUACAAGAAAUGGUUUCACUAACUUCACCCUCUGCGCCACAGACAUCACGAACAACAUUGGCAUUUGGUGAUAUGAAUCACGAAUGGAUUGGCAAUUAUUGGCUACCCGGCCUUGGUUUGCCACAAUAUCGCACAACAUUUAUGGAAUGUCUAGUGGAUGCUCGCAUGCUGGACCAUUUAACGAAAAAAGACCUAAGAGGACAGUUAAAAAUGGUUGAUAGCUUUCAUCGUACAAGUCUACAAUAUGGCAUUUCAUGUCUGAAACGUUUGAAUUACGAUCGCAAUGAGCUGGAACAUCGGAGAAAAAUGUGUGAAAAUGGUCUAUGUGAUGUUAUAGUGUGGAGUAAUGAACGUGUAAUACGUUGGGUUUCCAGUAUUGGUUUGAAGGAAUAUGCCAAUAAUCUGUUGGAAUCUGGAGUCCAUGGGGCUUUAAUUGCUUUGGAUGAAAGCUUUGAUGCAAACGCAAUGGCUUUGGCCUUACAAAUACCUACACAAAAUGCUCAGGCUCGCCAAAGUUUAGAUACAGAAUUUAAUAACCUAUUGCAAAUUGCUACCGAUCGCCGACCAGAAAAUGAACAUCUCAACAAGUCCUGAUCUUGCUCUCCUACAAAUAAUAUUAAUACAGCAACAACACAUGUGCAGCUAUUUAAUUCUAGCGAGUCUUAGGUUUUUUACGGCAAUAUCAUUAUCAUCAACAGUCAACAACAUCAUUAGCCAUCACCGAAUGCCUGUGGCAGAUGGGUGAUGGGCGAAUACAAAAGAGUGGUUGUGGUUGAGAUGAAACACUUUUUGCACAGUGUAAUAGCCUGUGAUGAAACCUUAAGGCCUUGAAGCAAUGAAAAAAAAAAAACAAACGAGCAACAGUUAAGGAAGAAGUGUGGCCAUUGUCAACGUGUUCAUGUUUAAACCAAAUUUAUAAUAUAAAAAACAAACAAAACAAACAAACUAAUAACGUGAAAAUUAUUACGAUACUACUACGGAACAAACAAACAAAACAAGUUGUUAUACAAAAAGAACAUACUUAAUUAUUUUAAGUAUGACGUUAAGCGGAUAAUAACCCAGUAACAAUUUAUACAAUAUACCUAAGAAACCCAAUAACAAACAACAAACAUGAAAAUCAUACUCGAAAUGCUAAAUACAUAUAUAAAUACAAUAAUCCAAACACUCCCCCCAUGCCUGUAAACACAUAUACAUACAACCACUCACCUAAGCAAGUAAACAAACAUUGUGUAUACAAUGCAGAUUUAGUCUAACAAAGUCAGUAUUUUCCUAUACUCCUUAAAAUCGUUUUUAUUUAAAAAAAGAAAAAAACAAAAACAAACGUAUAAUAGCUUUUGAAUACUACAAUACAUAUUCCCAUUAAACUUUUCCAUAUCUGCUGCCAUGCUCUAGCCCUCUUCAAUUUUUGAGUACGAUGAACAUUUUCCGGGUAAUGAUUGUUUUCAAAUUCAUAUUUUAUUUUUCAGAAAAACGUUAGAUAUUUAUCUUUUUUGACUCUUGAAUACAUACAUAUAUAGGAAAAUGAAACCAAUGCAAAACCAUUAACAGUUAUACAUAACACAUACAAAACUUAUAGCUAAAAUCUAAAAAUACCCUACAUCUCCCGGUAAGGAGACUUAGCUGAUGUUAAAGAAACAACAAGUAUUAAUCACAACAAAUAACUCUUAACUAAAAACAAAAAAAACUAAUUAACAGCUUUAGGGCCAACAUCUGUCACUACAAAAACAGAAAACAAUAAUUACGAAAAAC